AAGCCACAAAAAUAAAUAUGGGUGAUUGUUGAUACGAACAUUGAUAGAAAUUAUUGAUAAUGUAAUAUAAUAUAUUCGGUUGAUUAACGUAGAAAAAGCUAGAAGCAGUAAAAAAUUAACUGUUAAGUGUUGUGAAUAUUUAGUGGGAGUUAAAUAACAAAACCAAGAAAAAAUGGAAUCGUUUGUUACGUUAAUAGUUAAAGCUCCAAAUCAACAAAUUGAAGAUCAGACAAUACAGUGCGAACCUUCAUGGACAAUUCACAAAUUAAAGCAACAUCUAUCGGAAGUGUAUCCCAGUAAACCCCCUAAACACGAACAGAAACUAAUAUAUUCAGGUCAGUUACUAAACGAUACUGUAACGUUAAAAGAAAUAUUACGACAGUAUGAGGGACAAGAAGCACAUACAGUACAUUUGGUCUGUUCCUCCAAGUAUAUGCAAAAUGUUCCUGAAACCAAACCAGUAUCUCAGACUAGUACACCAAAUAAUACCCAAAAUACAACUAAUUCGACGACAUCGAGUCCAACCACAAACGAUAACGCCUCUGGAGGACAAAACACAGCUGGUUUUCCUCCAAAUAUGCCAUAUUUUAACAUGAACAGCGGCCAAGUUGAUCCAAACCAGUAUGCUAUGCAGUUGGCGUGGAUGCAGCAGGCUUAUUUCCAGUAUAUGAGUCAAUAUAUGCAACUGGCAGCAAAUUCAUAUGGAACAGCAGGUCAGGCGAUACCAAAUAAUGGAGAUCCAGUUCCCAACCAACCAGAACAACCUCCAGCAGCUCCUGCAGAAGCUCCCGCCGUUGCCAGAGAUCCCGAUAACCCCGAAAGAGACUGGCUAGAAGUAUUUUAUAUGUUAACCAGAGCCACUGUUCUAUUCAUUGUUAUAUAUUUCUAUUCCAGUCCUAUUAGGUUUUUAUUUGUUCUUCUCUUGGGUUUCAGUUUAUACUUAUAUCAAAUAGGCUUCUUUAGAAAUAUGAACAACAACAAUAAUAACAUCAAUGGCCCUCCCGAACAAGCCCAAGUAGAAGAGCCGGCUCCGUCGAGGUUCAUGAUAGUGUGGACAUUUUUUGCUACGUUUUUUGCAUCCCUCAUUCCCGAGAUUCCAAACGCUAUUUAGUUAUAUUAAAUAUCGACUCAUUCACUAUACACAUUGUUUAAUUUACCAUGUUGAUAUUUGUUUAAGAAUUUCAUGGGUCAAGACAAGGUAAAUGAGAGUAUCCUACCUGGUGGUUAGUAACAGGUCGUGAGAUAAACAAAAUAAUUUAUUGCCCGAUAUUUUUAUUGGUGCAGGUGUAAUUUUUAAAUAUAUAAAUUUGCGAUAGUUGACAUUUCAAUAUUUAGAUUUACUCCAGUUAUACCAAUUUUUUUUUGUGUUUGAACAUGUAAGGUUGCCAAAAUAUACAUUGCAACAUUUUUUUCAAAAUCUGCACAUUUUAUGUAUUCUUAUGUUAUUGUUUUUGUCUUAUGGCAAACGAUGAGAUGUGUAUUUGUAUGCUGCUAUUCUAUGCUAUAUCUCAGAUAUGCAGACGACACCGUACUGAUUGCUUCCAAUGAAAGAGUUGCAACGACAUAUGAACAGGGUGACCGAAACAUAUGUUGAAUAUGGAUUAAAACUUAAUACUUCUAAGAUAAACCUUUCCGAAGCCCUGAAGGGCAAUAAGGAUUAUGAGAAAGAAGAAGAUAAACCUUAUGGUUGUCAGAAAACGGAGUUACAACCAAUCCACUCCAAAUGGAGUAGUGUUCAAUUAACUUUGUAUAGCCUCUGAAAUAAGUUAGAAUUUACAUCAAAUGUUUGUGGUCCCAAAAGUCGUACGGGAACAACAUUAUGGAGAAUCCUCUUUUAUCAGUGAAAUAUGUACAACGAAUUUUAAUUGAUCAGAACAAACUGUUCAAUAUAAGUAAAUACAAGUAAUUUAACACACCAGGUUUAAACAACCUUUAAUAUUCUCGACAAAAUAUUUUCCUUUGGCCAACCUUUCAUUUUCAGGCCGGUUAUUCAACUGAAACCUACAAUACGUUUAGAUUUGGAUUAGAUAUAGCCCACUAAAGGAAGCCCUGAAAUCGGCAACAUUGCUUACUCCACUAUCGUGGGCGAUGAAGAUGAUAAUGACGGCGGAGUGUCAGAAUCGGCGCCAAUCAGGUGCAUUAAGAGGGAAGUCUCGUUUAUAGUCGACGGGGCGCUGUUGCCAAGUAUAGGGUGUAUAUCUAAUUUAAAACUAAAGCUAUGUCGAUAAUAUUCUAUUUUGUUUCUUGUACCUGUUAAUUUGUAGACUCUCUCAACAUUGAGAAGUGUUGCUGGUAACACCCUAUUGAAUAAACAAUAUACUAAUAUUAUAUCUUGUUUGAAACAAGCAUAAUAUAUAGGAUUAGAGUUUUGAUUAAAGCGCGGUAUAUUUUACAUUUUUGUGUAAAAGGCUGUCUUUAUCUAAGGCGGUAACUACCAAAAUAGUGGUGAUCACAUUUUUCCCAGUAUGGAAGCCAAAGUUCCUAUUAUACUAACUACUAAAAAAAUGUUCUGUCAAAUCUACAUGUAUGUAAGAUAUGACUUCUUUUGUGAAUUUAACUCUAGUGCACUUAGAUAAAACCUACAUAAGUAUAGGCUUAUAUGGGACUUACCAUAACUUAGAGAGGGAAAGAUAAGGUGUCAGGUCAAAGUCAAUCUAAAACACAUAAACGCUAAACGUAAAUAGAAUUAACGUUUUUAUAUUGGUAUUUUAGCUUAUUCUAAAUUGAAUCGCUGAUAAAUAACAAUUUUUUCUAUUACACAAUCAUAGUAGGGAUCCAAGUGGUCCAAUAUAAAUUAAGUUGGUUGCUUGACUAUUUUUAAUAUUUUUUAUUUUUCUGCCUCUUAAACUUCAGUCCGUAGAGAGUACAGAAUUCCAGUUAUUUUAUUUUUAAAAAACACUAUUUCUUAACAUAAUUUUGAUAGUGAAGCAACUGCUCCUUGUCUAUUGUUGGGUAUUCCCACCUCGCUUUUGUUACCAAAUUGAAAGCAAAUCAUAUUCUCAUUAUUCUAUGUUGUUACUAUAUACAGGGUGUUUCAUUGGGAAACGGAAACACUUUAAUGGUGAAUAGAGGUCACCGUGCCGGUUCUAGAUAUAGUACAUUUUUUGCCCUACCGACUUUUAUAACCGAGUUACAGGGUGUUUUAUCGAUUUUGCCCAUUUCUUUCCUAAGCCAUAACUUUAGAACCACCCAGUAUAUUUUUUUGAUAUUUGGUACACAUAUGUCUCAUUCAAAACCCAAACGACCGACAUACUAACCAUAAGAAAAAUCCAGGUCCGGAUUAACAAAAAAUUAUAAAGUAAUUGUGACCUUAAAACAACACUCUGUAUAUUGAAAUUUUGAAAAUCUGUUUGCAUAUUUGAAAAGAGCACAAAAAAGUAAGUUUAAUGGUUCGCUUCAAUUUUUCGGCCAGACAAUUUUAUGACUUUCAUUUUGAAAUUAUAUUGAAUUUUUUAAGAACUUUGACAUUAAAAAGCAGAUAUUAUUAACUUUUAGUUAUAAAUUAUUAAAGUUAAUGAAUAAAUACUCAUUUUAAAAAUAAUCAAUACUUAUUUACCACAUUGGAACGACCCAAUUACUAAUGACAAGAAAAAUCCAGGUCCGGAUUAAGAAAAAAAUACAAAGUAGUUGUGACCUUGAACCAACACCCUGUAUAUUGAAAUUUUAAAAAUUUGUCUGCGCAUUUUAAAAGAUCAUGAAAAACUGUGAUUAAAGGCUUAUUUUAAUUUUUUCGCCGUUGAUUUAAUUACAUCAAUUUGAAAUUAUAUUGAAAUUUUAAAGAACUCUGACCUUAAAAACCAGGUAUUGUUAACUUUUAAUAAUAAUUUAAUGUUAAUGAAUCAAUACUUAUUUUAAAAAUACUUAAUACUUAUUUACUACGCUGGCUUCAUAUUUAUAUUCUCUGGAUCUGUAGCUAUAUGCACAUCAUUAAAAAUUAGAAUUGCGAGAAUUGGCAUAUUUUAAUGAUUUAGUAAAGAAUUAAAAAAAACUGCUACAUAUAUCUAAUUAAAGCAAAAAUUCAUUACAAUUCAACAAUUUAACAUAAAUUAAAAAUAUUUGAAAUAUAACAGUUGCUCAAAAUGUCCGCCAUUUUGUUCGAUGCAUUUCCUUGCUCGUUUUAAAAGAUUUCGAAUCGAUUUUCUAAUUACAUUGGGAUUAUUCAUCAUUUUCCUGGUAGCUUCUUGUGAACUUGACAGAAUUAAUCAAUAUGAUUUCAAAAUUGCCGUAAUUAAAUUAUCUGCGCAACAAUUUGACAUGCACCUUUUAACGCAGUUCUUAUGCUCUUUUAAAAUACAUAAACAAAUUUUCAAAAUUUCAAUAUACAGGGUGUUGUUUCAAGGUCACAAUUACUUUAUAUUUUUUUCUUAAUUCCAGACCUGGAUUUUUCUUGUCAUUAGUAAUUGGGUCGUUCCAAUGUGGUAAAUAAGUAUUGAUUAUUUUUAAAAUAAGUAUUUAUUCAUUAACUUUAAUAAUUUAUAACUAAAAGUUAAUAAUAUCUGCUUUUUAAUGUCAAAGUUCUUAAAAAAUUCAAUAUAAUUUCAAAAUGAAAGUCAUAAAAUUGUCUGGCCGAAAAAUUGAAGCGAACCAUUAAACUUACUUUUUUGUGCUCUUUUCAAAUAUGCAAACAGAUUUUCAAAGUUUUCAAUAUACAGGGUGUUGUUUUAAGGUCACAAUUACUUUAUAAUUUUUUGUUAAUCCGGACCUGGAUUUUUCUUAUGGUUAGUAUGUCGGUCGUUUGGGUUUUGAAUGAGACAUAUGUGUACCAAAUAUCAAAAAAAUAUACUGGGUGGUUCUAAAGUUAUGACUUAGGAAAUAAAUGGACAAAAUCGAUAAAACACCCUGUAACUCGGUUAUAAAAGUCGGUAGGGCAAAAAAUGUACUAUAUCUAGAACCGGCUCGGUGACCUCUAUUCACCAUUAAAGUAUUUCCGUUUCCCAAUGAAACACCCUGUAUACACACACACAAUACAAAUCAAAACGGCCUUCAAUAUAAAUAGGAUUAAGUUUCAAUUUUGAUUUUUUAUAAUCCAAAUCUCACUUUCUCAUAUUUGUGCCAUUAUAUGUAUUAAAAAACUGUUCUAUAAAUUCUUCAAAUUGAACUAUAACAAUUUAAAACAUUUGAUACACCAUCUUGGCUUUCUCAUUCUAUGAUGCUAACAUACCAAGUUAAAAUUUUUAUAAAAUACAUAUAUCUAUAUCCAAAGAUUUCACUAAAUAGUUUACAUUACUGUAUAACUUCAUCAUUAUUCACUGAUCCAGUAAUGUAGAAUUUUAAUUAAAAUAUCUGUGAUAAUAAAGCAAUAUUCUUUUUUUACCACUCGAUGGUGUCGCAACAUCUUUUUAGUUUUCAUAAUUUUUUGUGGACCAGUCUACAAUAGCUAUUGAUUUGAUACCUAUGUUUCUUGAUACCUAGGCGACACCUUGUAAGAACUAUCAUAAAAAAUACAUUUAACCUUCCGUUACUCGCGCCAAUUUUUUGUGAUCGAAAACUCGCGUACGGUGCAGAAGUAAAAAUUUUUUUUUGCAAAAUUGUGUAGUACAAUUACAUUAUUUAAUGAAUAUAUCAUCAUAUAGUUUUGUAGAUAUGCGUUUGUGUUAACAUUAUAUUACUUUAAUAAAAAGCAACUUUGUUCAUCAUCAUCUUCAUACGUUUCCUCGUCAGUCGAUACUUCCUCAAAUAAUUUUAAUAAUUUUUGCUUCCCCUUCUCGUAAUCCAUAUCUAAAUAUAAAUAAACAAAUAUAUAAACAUUGAAAAUAAGAAAAAGAUCUUAAAUUACCUUACUAAUUAAAACUAUCGAUAUCUGAUCCAAACACAAAAAUUUGUGCACAAAUCUGUACGUUAGAAUUGAAAGAGCGUAAGUCACUUUCACUUUGUUUUGCAGUAGAUCAAAAUUAGUGCUCUUAAUUUGUACACCAUAAUUUUAAAUGCCUUUAAAAUUAUCAAAUGAUGUUGUAGCUUUAUGAUUUAAAGGAAAGUGGUAAAGCAUGCUUUGUAUUUUAUUUUACAGUAACAUAAUCGGCGUUAAGUUGUUUUGUAUUGAAAUAAUAAAUAAUUUAGGACUACAGCCUUUUUUGUUCUGUGGUACUAUAUCAAUAAAAAAAAAAUAGGACAGCCGCCCUUUUGGUAUGAUUUUAUUAGAAAAAGAACGUUAUAAUCAGAACUUAUCAUUACAAAAAUAAUAUAAAACUUCAAUUAAAAAGCAUUUAAUCAUCUUCGGAACAUGAAGAAUUGUUUUCGUUAACGACAACUUUAUUUUUUGUUGUUUUUAAAGAUUUAUAGUAGGAAUGGUAAAUAGAAGGUACCCAUUCUAGCAAUUCCAUUAGGUGAUUAUAUUUUGAACUAUCAAUUGGAAUUGAAUUUUCAUUAUUUAUUUGGUCCGAUGUCUUUGGUAGAUCAUCGAGAGAACUUCUCAUUUUCAUUUUAAAAUUGACAGAUUUAAAAUUUUCCUGGGAAAAUGUUGGUUUAUAAAAGAUAAUGCCAGGGUGGUCUCUUUCGACUUUCAAGUGCACAAUUUUAUCUGUGUUCCGUUUCCGAUUCACAAACGAACUUGUCGAUUCUUUGCCCAUUUUUUCAAAGUUAAAAAAGUCACUUGUUUUCAUCUCAUUAACAAUAAGUGGUUUUAACGAACUGCAGAUCCUUAUAAACUGGGCCCAUUCAUGAGGUAGGUACAGAGAUAUUCAUAGUAGGCAGUCUUUUCUUCUUCCUCUCAAUUAGUGCAUGUAUUGUGUCUGCUUCGUUGUGUGUAUGCCCCUUGAGUAAAUAUUUAUGAUAGAUUCUAACUACUGAGGUGUUAUGGACAGCCCACAUAUACAUAUAAAAUAAAAAAAAAUCGGUUUUGGCCAGAGCAGUUGUCUGACCAAAAUGUUACCUAUUCUGUUGUAGAAGGUAAAUGUUUUAAACACAUUAUUACAGUGGAAGCUAUCUCGUUGCCACCCCUUUUUGCAAUAGACUCGUCCCACAUGAAGCAUGAACCUUCGGCAGUACUAUCAUUAUAGACGGUAAAAUUAAAUGUCCAUAACUGCUUUAACUAAAACGAUUUUCCAUUAGUUAACAUAGGUGUAGGGAGGCAUUUUUGCAAAUCCAUCAUUGCCACGAAUUCUUUUAAAUUCUGCUUGCAUCUUAUCUUAUCCUGCCUUUUCAACUUGUAUCUGUUAUCUGCGUCGUUCAAAUGAUCUGCUUUUUUCUUUAAAAUAUCUUCAACAUUAGGAUCUGCCUCUUUUUGCAUAGUUUCAAAACUGUCACAUGUAUCAAUGUUAGGGGGCUCGAAAUGAAGAUUGAACUCAGUAGAACCAUCUUCUUUGCUCUUGAUUAAGACAUUUUUGGUUGUUAUUUAUUAUCACAUUAAUCUCGAUAAAGAAAAAGUUACUUUUAUCUAUAAACCAUGCAAAAACAUUAGCUUAUAACCUCAAUUUUUACACAGCUGACAUACGGUUGUCCAUAGAGAUUGGAUUACCGUCUUUUUAACAAUCAGUGUGCCACGCAAAAAAGACCGGUGUACCACAUAGGGCUUUUUGCAACAAAUUUCACAGUGGACAUCUGACUUGCAAUUUUAGUAAUAUUGCCUGUACAACCACCUAUUAACCACCAUUCGAAAGAUAACACCUUUAAGUGUAUUAUUGGCUGCAUAUCUCCAUUUACUGUAAAAUUGGACUACCGCCCUUUCAAUUCUAACGUACAGAAAUACUCACACCCGGUGUACCGCACCGUGUUGCCUAAUAAUAAAAGUACAAUACUCUUUUUUACACUGCACGUGGACUUCACCCACAGUUGACUGAUUGCUGAAGAGGUAUAUGCAGCAGCAAUUCAAAAUCAACAGCAACAGCAAUCCACUACAGAGUUACAGGAAGUUGUUUAGAGGGCCGGUCUCACACACCCUGUGCGAGUAACGGAGGGUUAAUAACAAAGUAGGACUUUUCCAUAUACAUUGUUUAAUUUUUAAUACAGAAGCAAAUCUUACAGUAUUUUUUUAUUGUUCUUAGGAACAUCAGCAUUUUGACUUCUUAAAACACAUCAAGGGUGUUCAAUUUCCUUAUGUGGUCGUCUUGAUUCUAAACAAACUGAAUUAUGUAUUCGUUUUAAACUCCUUCUGUGACAUUAUUUGAAUUAGUAAAAAUUUUUUAGGACUAUUCUUAUGACCUUUGAUAAGUAAUUUAAGUAAAUGUUGCAUGUGAGGUAUGUACCAGGUUCCAUUUUGCCUUAUUAAGAUAGAGUAAAAAUCUUAUAACCCAUCUGCAGUGUUUCUGGAGAUUGAACUAUUGUGGAAACAUAGGUAACUUGGUUUGUUUAGAAGGCAAAAUGACAUCAAAUUAUACUAGUACAUGUAGACCUGCCUAUAUUCCAUAUAGUAAAUAUUUGCGAUUUGGUGUAUAACGCAGUGGCGGCUCGUACCACUUUAAGAAGGUAGUGCCAGAACUCGGACAGCCGCCAAAAUUUUUAGUGACGGAUUCACGAUAUUGUCAAAAAAUUAUACUUACAACAAAAACUAGAAAAAUAUAAGCGCGGAUACUUUUAUGUAUCUAGAUUUGAGGUGCCAAGCAAUUGUCCAACAUUGAUCAAAACAGUUCCGUAAAUUAAUUAAUAAUAAAAACCUCUUAACCUACCACCAGCAUUUACUGCUGAUAGUGCUUGAAGUUUGUUAUUACGAUUUAGUCUCUACUUACCAAUUUAUAAAAAUAAUACUAUUUCAUUUCACACACAUGCACAAAUUUUUGUAAUGGCACUUUUAAAGUUUACGAUAUAUGAAGUUCAUUCUGCUAUUUUUUGAUUGCAAAGUUUUCAAUGAAUUUAUUAUUAAAAUUAUCAAUACAAUUUACAAAAUGCUUUUCUGCAGAUAGCAUACCUAAAGCACUGUUUUAACAUCGAAAAACAGCGUUCUGCUUCAGAUGUUGAUAUAGGAAUGGUAACUAAAAUACUUAAAAGUUUAAUAGUUUCUUCAAAUGUGCUUUUUAAGCCUUCCCCCUACAAUAAAACAGAUAGCGAAACAGCCCCAGACGUAGUACUUAAUUCGUCUCGCUAAUACAGUACCUACUUCUAAUUCAGUUUUAAAUCGAGUUUUGCUUAAAAAUUAAAAUUGUCUCCAUGUUUCAUUAAGAAAUGAUUCGGAGAACUGAUGCUUAUAAGCAGAAAACUUCUCCGACAUAAAUAAAUUAGAAGCAACUAAAUGUCCGGAGAAGGUAGACCUUUGAAAGAUCUGGUACUUUAAAUAAUAUGUAGGGGAGACUGGGUAACAGUGAGACACUUUUUUUUCAUUUAACCAUAAGUCCACUACUGUGACAUGUAUAAACAAAAUUUCUUCAGGAUUGUACUCUCACAUGUGUUCAUUACACAAGAAAAAGUCAAAUUUUAAUAUAGCUCGGUUUGUUUAGUUUGUAUUCCACGCAUAAGGUUAAGUUGUCAUUUGUCUCGGUGUUACCCAUGCAUGGGUAACAGUGAGACAGUACAAUAUUUAUAGGAAAGAAAACAUAAAAAAACAUUUAAAUUACAAAGUAUUUAUUUAUAUGAAAAAUAAAACAAAUAAAAAAACAAAUUCAAGUUACAAAGUACUUAUUUAUUAAAAAAAUAGGAAUCGGAAAUAACGUACAUUUAUUAAAUUGAAAUUUAUCUCUAAUGAAAAAAAAUUUGCCGUUUAGUAUGACGUUAACAAACUGGCCUUGGCAAUAUCAUCUUAAUGCCUUUUACUACAAAUUUUAGAAAAAAAAAAUACAAAAUGUAAUUUUUUAUAACAUCUGCGUAACAGUGAGACAUGUCUCAAUGUACCCCGUCUCACUGUUACCCAUUUGCCAUAAAAUUUAAAAAAUAUUAUUUUUGUUAUUAUAAAACUUAGUUUGCAUUGCUAAACUGUGCUAUCAUGUUUACUAAUCUAUACACAAUGUCAUAGUAAUACUAGAAAAAUCCUAAUAAUUAACAUGCUUUUAUAAAAAAUUCUCAAAAUCCCUGUAUUAUUUUACUUAGUGCCCACCAAACACACUUUAUCACGAUAAAUCCUAAACUGAAACUGCACGGCCGCCGAACAUAUUAGUAAUCAGUAACCAGUAAAUACAGCAAUCAUGCGUAAGUAAUAAUAUCUCCACGUGGCGAAAAGGAGGGAAGAUAUUUCAAGUGUCUCACUGUUACCCAUGUCUCACUGUUACCCAGUCUCCCCUACCUUUAAGUCGUUGUCUAAUUCGGCGUUAAAAUUGACCAGCUCCUUAAAUAUGCCUCUAUUUUCUGAAUUUUCUUUUUCGUCGUGACCUCUUAAAGCUAACUCGAAAGCUCCACAAAACCUUAUAACAUUUGUAGUUUUUUUUAAAUAUUAAAAAUAUUCUUAAAAAUUUAAAUUUCUUAAAAAUUUUCUUAAGAUACUAAUCUUCGUUGUCAAUUAAUAAAUUAAACUUAAGAAAUAAUCAAAAUAUUAUUUAUACUACACCCACGAUCAUGAUGCACUAAAAGUUUAAUUAUAAAUACAAAAACUUUUGAACAGAAAAUAUACAUAAUAAAAGUGACAAACUAGCACGUAAAGAAACUCAACUUCGUGCCCGGCACAGAGAUUCUCAUUUUAAGGUAUACUAAUAGUCCAAUAUAGCUCUUUCUCUGCCACUUACAUAGAAUGAUCGUAAAAUCUUUCUCUCUUUAGUCGUGCCAGUACUGACUUUUGCACGAAGGAGAUUCUCCUGUCGAAUAAUCUCCGCUGUCGGCAGGGAUUGUAUUACGCCCAUAGUUGCCAUAUUUUAUAAAAUUUAUGAAGAUCAAAAGAAAUGCACAAAAAAAUUAACAGGAAUUAAAAAGUUUUGAAGAUAAAAAAAUAUGUUUCUGCAUAGUUAGCAGGGUAGUGCCAUGGCUCUAUGGCACUACCUCACGGGCCGCCACUGGUAUAACGUAACAGCAUUGUAAUCAGGUACACAAAGAGCGUCAAUGUCAGUCUACUUAAUCAAAACUCUUAUACCACCGUCGUAUAUCCAGUGCCCUUAGUCUCAAGUUUAAAACAUUUUUAGGAGUAAUAUUUAUCCUAAUACUGUGUAGAUACAAAUAAAAUUUUCUAAUUUUUUAAGAUCUGCUAAGAAAUGAAAAGCAAAUGCAAUGUUACAUACUGUGCUUUAAUUGUACAUAUUAUUAGUUUUAGUAAAAAAGAUGUGAUUUAAUUAAUAAAAUUAUAUUAUACUUUUAUAA